AUGAUCUCCUCCUCAAUCCGUAAUGCCUUGAGAGCACCAGUUGCCGCCAGAGCCAUCGUUAGACCAACCUUAGCUUCCAGACCAAUGAUGAUGAGAUUCCAAAGAAACUAUUCAUCUGAUCAUCACGAGGAAACAUUUGAAGAAUUCACCGUUAGAUACGAAAAGGAAUUUGAAAACGCAUACGAUCUUUUCGAAGUUCAAAGAAUCUUAAACAACUGUUUCUCGUACGAUUUGGUACCAGCCCCAGUUGUCAUCGAAAAGGCCUUACAAGCCUGUAGAAGAGUCAACGACUACCCAACCGCUGUUAGAACUUUCGAAGCUUUAAAGCACAAGGUCGAAAACAACACUCAAUACGAAGCUUACUUAGAAGAAUUGAAGGACGUUAGAAAAGAAUUAGGUAUUGACUUGAAGGAACAGUUGUACGCUGAUGAAGCCUAG